AUGGGUAAACUAAUUAAUUUGAGGCAUUUUGAAAAUUUUGCUAGUCCGGGUCCAUUUGAAAAUUUUGCUACUCUGGGUCUGCCAAAAGGAAUUGGAAGAUUAAGCUCUCUUCAAACACUGGAUGUUUUCAUUGUGAGUCGUCAUGGCAAUGAUGAAUGCCAAAUAGGAGACCUGAGAAACUUGAACAACCUAAGAGGAGGUCUUUCCAUUACAAGGUUGGAUAAAGUGAAAGAUGCAGGGGAGGCAGAAAAAGCAGAAUUGAAGAAUAAGAUACACCUCCAACGUUUGGAUUUGGAAUUUGGUAAAAAGGAGGGGACCAAGGGUGUGGCUGAAGCUCUACAACCCCAUCCAAACUUGAAAUCUCUAGAUAUAUCUUGUUAUGGUGAUAGAGAGUGGCCCAAUUGGAUGAUGGGUUCAUCAUUAGCUCAACUGAAAAUACUUAACCUCUGGUUUUGCGGUGGAUGUCCAUGUUUACCUCCUUUGGGGCAAUUGCCUGUCCUUGAGAAGCUAGGGAUAGGUUUUAUGCGUGGUGUGAAAUACAUAGGUAGUGAGUUUUUGGGAGCAUCAUCAACAGUAUUCCCAAAGCUGAAGAAAUUGCUUAUUUCAGAUAUGAAAGAAUUGAAGCAAUGGGAAAUAAAAGAAAAAGAAGUGAGGUCAAUAAUGCCAUGUCUCAAUUACUUGAGUACAAUAGGCUGCCGAAAGCUGGAGGAACUACCGGACCACGUGCUUCAGAGAACAACAUUGCAGAAAUUGGACAUCCGAUCUUGUCCUAUUCUGAAACAACGCUAUCGAAAGGAUAUUGGAGAGGAUUGGCACAAAAUAUCUCAUAUCCCAAAAGUCGAAUUAUGUUCAUGGGACUGA